UAGUAAAAGUAAUUGGAAAGAUUUUCCUUUCUCUCAUCACAUUCACAUGUCACACACCAGCUCUUCAAAAAGGCCAAAUAUUGUUACUAUCAUCUUCACCACCUUCAUUUCUCACUCUCAGAAUCUCCAUGGACACCAAUGGAAGAAGCAGAAACAGUCCUUGUGCCUCACCAGAAUUCGAGUUCUGGAUGGUUCGAAACCCCUCUUUUCCACAACCUAACAUUCUCUCCGCAGAUCAACUCUUCGUCAACGGUGUCCUCCUUCCUCUCCACCUCCUAAACAAACCCCACCCGUCACAGACCCCACCCGACCCAGAACCAAAACCAGAACCGGAACCUUCCCCGGCCAUAACUGACUCCACAUCCGCCGCCACCCCCUCCAAGCGCUGGAAAGACAUUUUCAAAAAGAAAAACGCGGAAAGCAGCAACGACGCCAAGAAGAAAGAGAAAAAAAACGGCGUCGCCUCUUCUGCGGAGCUCAACAUCAACAUAUGGCCAUUCUCCCGGAGCAGGUCCGCGGGUAACGCGGGGACCCGACCCAAAUUAUUCGCUCCGGCAGCCCGUAAAGCAAACAGCGCACCGUGCUCGCGGAGCAAUUCGGCCGGAGAAUCCAAGUCAAGGAAGUGGCCCAGCAGUCCGGGCCGAGCCGGAGUCCAUCUGGGAAGAAGCAGCCCAGUCUGGCAGGUCCGCCGUGGGAAGAAUCCAGAACCUCCGCCUCUCCACCACGAAAACAAACCGAAAAGUCGCCGGAGCAAACUCAGCGGGGGCGGGUGGAACAACCCAAAAACAAAGGUUUUGAAUUUGAAUGUCCCAAUGUGCAUCGGUUACAGACAUCACUUGACGUGCAGAAGUGACGAGAAUAGUGCCAUUGGUGUCAGAGGCGCUUCGGAUAACAUCCCUGGCAGUGACAGUAACAGUGGUAACAGUAACCCAGCUCAUGCCAAUGUUGGGGGUAAGCUUUUUAACCUGCGCAGCCUCUUCACCAAAAAAAGCGUUGUAGCCUCUCACUAGUUCGUUCUCCUUCAUUCUUCUGAUUUUUCUGCCUUCCACAGUAUAUACAUCAUCAUAUAAUAUGUGAAUUGUUUAGUAUUUAGUUUACUAGUGAUGUUCUUCUGAGUUUAGUUUAUUUUUGUGUGAAAGAAAAAAAAAAUGAAGCUAGGAGUCUAUGUUUUGGUACAGGCUUUGCGCGUAACCGAAAAAGGUAGCUGUUUGAGGCUACAACUUAGGAUUUAAAACUAGAUUUUGUGUUUUGUUAUGUUCCUGCGAUGCUUUAUCAGAAUGUAUUUAUUAAUUGUAUUCUGACUUUUCCCACUUGAUAUCUGCAAGUGGGGUUAUGACUC